UGAGUCGCUGAGGGGUCGACUGGGGCGUUCUGGGUCAGUCGGGGCAGCGCGGCCACGGCCAUGGGGGUCUUGAAGGACGAGCUGCUCAAAGCCAUCUGGCACGCCUUCACCGCGCUCGACCUGGACCGCAGCGGCAAGGUCUCCAAGUCGCAGCUCAAGGUCCUUUCCCAUAACCUGUGCACGGUGCUAAAGGUUCCACAUGACCCUGUUGCCCUUGAAGAACACUUCAGGGAUGAUGAUGAAGGGCCUGUCUCCAACCAGGGCUACAUGCCAUAUUUAAACAAGUUCAUUUUGGAAAAGGUCCAAGAUAACUUUGACAAGAUUGAAUUCAAUAGAAUGUGUUGGACCCUCUGUGUCAAGAAAAACCUCACGAAGAGUCCGCUACUAAUUACAGAGGAUGAUGCAUUCAAAGUGUGGGUCAUUUUCAACUUUUUGUCUGAGGACAAGUAUCCAUUAAUUAUUGUGCCAGAAGAGAUUGAAUACCUGCUUAAGAAACUUACAGAAGCUAUGGGAGGAGGUUGGCAACAAGAACAAUUUGAACAUUACAAAAUAAACUUUGAUGACAAUAAAGAUGGCCUUUCUGCAUGGGAACUUAUUGAGCUAAUUGGAAAUGGACAGUUUAGCAAGGGCAUGGAUCAUCAGACGGUGUCUAUGGCUAUUAAUGAAGUCUUCAAUGAGCUUAUUUUAGAUGUAUUGAAACAGGGUUACAUGAUGAAAAAAGGCCACAAACGGAAAAACUGGACUGAGCGGUGGUUUGUAUUAAAACCCAACAUAAUCUCCUACUAUGUAAGUGAGGAUCUGAAGGAUAAGAAGGGAGACAUCCUCUUGGAUGAAAACUGCUGUGUGGAGUCUCUGCCUGACAAAGACGGAAAGAAGUGUCUUUUCCUAAUAAAAUGCUUUGAGAAGACCUUUGAAAUCAGUGCUUCAGAUAAGAAGAAGAAACAAGAGUGGAUUCAGGCCAUCCAUUCUACUGUUCAUCUGUUGAAGCUGGGCAGCCCCCCGCCACACAAGGAGGCCCGCCAGCGUCGGAAAGAGCUCCGAAGGAAGCUGCUAGCAGAGCAGGAGGAGCUGGAACGGCAGAUGAAGGAGCUCCAAGCCGCCAAUGAGAACAAGCAACAGGAACUGGAGAGUGUGAGGAAGAAACUGGAGGAAGCAGCAUCUCGUGCUGCAGAUGAAGAAAAGAAGCGUCUGCAGACUCAAGUGGAACUCCAGACCAGGUUCAGCACCGAGCUGGAACGGGAGAAGCUGAUCAGACAGCAGAUGGAGGAGCAGGUUGCCCAGAAGUCCUCAGAACUGGAACAGUAUCUCCAGAGAGUUCGGGAGCUGGAAGCCAUGUACCUAAAACUGCAGGAAGCCCUUGAGGAUGAGAGGCAGGCCCGGCAGGAUGAGGAGACAGUGCGCAAGCUUCAGGCCAGGUUGUUGGAGGAAGAGUCUUCUAAGCGAGCUGAGUUGGAAAAGUGGCACCUGGCACAGCAGCAGGCCAUUCAGAUGACAGAGGCCGAGAAGCAGGAGCUGGAGCAGCAGCGAGUCAUGAAGGAGCAGGCUCUUCAGGAGGCCAUGGCGCAGCUGGAACAGCUGGAGCUGGAGCGGAAACAGGCGCUGGAGCAGUAUGAGGGAGUUAAAAAGAAGCUAGAGAUGGCAACGAAUAUGACGAAGAGCUGGAAGGACAAAGUGGCCCAUCAUGAGGGGUUAAUACGAUUGAUAGAACCAGGUUCAAAGAAUCCUCACUUGAUCACCAACUGGGGACCUGCAGCAUUCACCCAGGCAGAGCUUGAGGAGAGAGAGAAGAGCUGGAAAGAGAAGAAGACCACGGAGUGACAGCUCUCCCAGUGGCCACCCCAGGCCAGUCACAUCAGUGAGGAGUCGAGCUCCAUGCCCAGGACAAGGACACUGGCUUUGCUGCUUCUAACUGUCUUCCCUCGGGACUCCAGCGGGGUCCACAUGUUGAGAACGCUGUAUUUACCUUCUAGGGCUGUCUGAGCUUUCCUGGGCGAGAACAUUGGCACAGGUGUGGCUGGGGCCGCCUUCCCUGUCGCCUUCUGCAGCCCUGCAGCCGCUGCCUCCUCCGACAGUGUGUCUCCUCUGCUGGCCUGUUUGCUUUUCCCUGUCAGGUGACACAAGCUCUCAUUGCUGGUGCUGUGAUGGACCUGGCCAUCUGCCCAUGGCAUGCUUCAUUUGCAUUUCCUCUCCCCUCACUUCAAAGCAAAACCUAUCUUGGCCCAGUGUCUCUGCCGCCCGCCCCCUGGUCCACGAGUGCACGUUGUUGACUAGUAGAGGGGCUGACUUGCGACCAGUGGCGAUUGGGUAGUUUGUGAGGUUAAAUGUGGACGCAGUGGGAAGCUGACAGUACGUGGGCUGGGUACAUGUAAAGUGUCUCGGGAUGGUGGCAAGCCCUUGCUUCAGCCAAGCUAGGACUGUGUCUCUGCUUUUCUCUCCUCCAUGGGUGACCAGGCCAUGGUUCCUAGGCUUCUUUUUUGAGUGUAUCGAGGAAGGUUUUCACCUGUAGUCUGGUCUGGGAUUGAGAAUAGUAAGCCUUCCCGCACUGGUUGGUGUCUUUAAGUGCAGUGACUCCCUGCACAGCCUGUUGUAAACAGCAAGGUGGUUUCCAAGUUACAGAAAAGGCGGAAUUCAGUAACACAGCAGAGGACCCUGAGUGUCCUGGUCCAGUUUUGUCUUGGAGCAGAGAGGAGGCCAUUCCAGACGUGUGCAAAUCUAGAGAUAGAUUUCAGUGUUCCUGGUAUUUACAUACGGACUGAAUAGAAUUCCAUAAAUCUCUACCUUUUAUGACUGGAAGACAUUUGCCAAUGGAAGUCUUAUAAAUUUUUCUUAAGAUUUUGGGCUGCUUAAUGACUGUAAUUUUAUUUAAUGUUUAUAGUUGCCUUCAUAAAGUUUAGAUUUGUAUGCAGAAUAUCACUGUGUCAUGGACCUUCCUAGCUGAGUAGCUGACUUGGGUGUGUGUUUCUGCCUGGCCAUCCAUUCAUCUCACUCACCAGUAUUUUCUUGUCUUUGCUGCUGGGCUAUCAGGUGGGGACCAGGGCCUCCCCAGUGGCUUAAUGAUGUCUCCUAGGGGACUUCAGUGACCCUGGAGAGAAUGAGGAAAAGAAACUGCAAGAAGGUACUGACUGGUGUGAACUGUCUGGAUGGAAGCAGGGGGCCUGGGAGUCCAGGGGAGGCUGAGGUGAAGGGACUGCCUUGCCCUGGCUGCCAGAACAUUCAUUCUUCCUUCAGCCUGACUUUCCUUUAACACAGGGCCUGCAGUGGCCACGACCCUCAUUGGCUGGGUGCAAGCCUGCUUCCAGGGCAUGCAGCACUGUAUGGGGGCUGUGCAGAGGUAUCUGCAGUCUGUAGACACCGACUUCUGCAGUGCUGUGGAAUGGACAAGAAAGUCCUUUUAAACAGUGAUAAAGAAGACAGUACAGAUGUGGACUCCGUGACUCCCUUUUGGGCAGAUGCUUGGAUGCUCAUGGGCCUCUCCUGAUCCUUGCUGUGGCUUCAGCUAAGUGCCUGUCGACCCCUCGCCUUGUCUCUGUAAUAGCUACAGGAAACGUUAGGAGUGCCUGUCUGCAUGUUCUCUGUAAUCAGCUAGAGAUAAUAUUAUCUGCAGGAAUUGUGAAUGAAAAACAUUUUAAAAUCUGUUUUGGAAUCUGCUGUAUUGAGAAGGAACAAAAUAUUUAUAAUUUUCAAGCAUUCUUAUCUAAACAUUGUACAAUGUAAUAUGCUCAACUUUCUUAAUUUUUUGCUAAUUUUUCUAAGAUAUUAAAAUGUUUUCUAUGGGG